AUGAAUAAAUAUUUGGUCCAAACUCACUCCAUGAAUGAAACUAAAAUUGAGACAAAAUUAAAUCUAUUUAAUUGCAACAUCAGUUCCUUUAAACAAUACCUUAUCUAUAAUAAAAGCACACUGUCCACGCAUAAUCUGCUUGAAACAGAUGAGAGGCGAACAAGUAAAAAAUUUAUUUAGAUAUAUAUACUACUAUGCGCACAAAAAUUCUUUAAGAUCUGGAGGCAUAAUAAUAGGAGUUCACAAAUAAUUCUAUUCACAAAAAAUAACUUAUUAUUAUUAUCCUCAGAAUUAUCAACCAUACGACAAUUUAAUAAUUAAUAUAGUAAAUCAAAUUGUAGAGUUGGCUACAAUUAAUGUAUACUUCCACAGUAGACAGGAAUUUAAAAAUAAUUAUCAAAUCUUUAAAAAAAUAAUAAUUCAAAUCAUGGAAUAAAUAGGAUACUUAACAACUUUACUAAUAUGUGGAGAUUUCAAUUAUAAUAAAUCCCUAUUCCAUUCCUCAAUAAUUUAAUACCAAACAAAAUAACAUUCUAAAGAAAAAAUUUAAACUACCUUAUUCGCUCAUAAACUGA